AUGGGAAGUGGAACCUGGGGACCCCAACCCGCGAGCAUUAGGCGGUCCCCAAAAUUUUCAAGCGCCACCAAGGCAACGCGGCGAGCACGCGCCCUUUCACGCUUUCGUGGAGUUCCCGCGCGAAGGUGGAAACCCCUUUGGCGGGCUGGUUCUCGCGCCACUUCCCGCACCGCGCCCUUUUUCUCGACACCCGCCUCUCCCCAACCCCACCAGAAUUUCUUCCCCCCAAUUUCUCUCCCAAUCUCUCCCGCCCCCGACCCCCGAUCCUACAGGCUAUCGAUGCCGACGCUUCGCAGCGCCACGGCGAGCGCAUCACCGGCGGGCAUGGCCUCUCCGACGGCUAUCGCCACCCCACGAAGCACCAAGCGGCGCCUCACGAGCCCUCGCUGCGCUGCAGGGUCGCCCGACGCGUCGCAGUUCACAUCUCCCCACAAAUCCCCCAAUGCCGGAACUGUUGGCACCCCGAAGCUGCUCUCGGCGUCGCCCAGGUCAUCCAGGAAGCGGCUUUAUGGUGACUUCGUCGCGGCCGAGAAGCCCAAGUGGAAUCCUCGAGGCAAGUCUCUAGGAUCCCAUUCCCGUAGGGCCUCGGGUUCUGAUUGGGAUCUGAUGGGGAAUUAAUUCUGUUGUGUAGAUCCCGGUCAGAUGCAGGCGGUCAAGGAGGCGCUUCACGUGGCCACGGUGCCCUCUAGUGGAUUGGUCUGCCGCGAUGAUGAGCAAAGGCGCGUGCUUGAGUUCUGCAAGGGUUGCGUGGAGCAGGAGAGGGCAGGGAGCCUGUAUGUGUGUGGGUGCCCUGGAACAGGGAAGACCUUGUCGAUUAACAACGUGAAGGAGAGCGUGGCGCGUUGGGUAGACGAGAUUGCAAUGGAGACGCCUGACGCAUUAUCGAUCAAUUGUACGAGCCUAGCAAACACGCAUGAGAUUUUUAGUAAGAUACUUGCAAAGUUGCAGACCCGGAAGAAGGCAACCGGUAAACUGUCAGCACUCCAGCAACUUCAGACCAUGUUUUCCCACAAGGAAUUAGCCCCAAGAAGGAUGCUGUUGGUCGUUGUGGAUGAGAUGGACUACUUAAUAACAAGAGACCGGGGUGUGCUGCAUGAUCUUUUCAUGCUUACAACUUACCAAUUCUCAAGAUGCAUACUAAUAGGUAUUGCAAAUGCCAUAGACCUAGCAGAUCGGUUUCUUCCCAAGCUUGAAUCCUUAAAUUGCAAACCACUUGUUGUGACUUUCCGUGCUUAUUCUAAGGAUCAAAUAUCAGACAUAAUAAAGCAUAGGAUGAAGGUUUUUGAGUAUGACGUUUUUGAACCACUGGCUCUUGAAUUUUGUGCUAGGAAAGUAGCGGCAGCCACUGGAGACAUGAGAAAAGCUCUUGGUGUUUGCAGGAGUGCUGUUGAGAUUUUUGAGGCAAGGCUACAAGAGUCUCCUGACCAAGAAUUUGGACUUGUGACAUUUGACCAUAUGGAUAUCGCUUUGUCGAAGGCCUUCAAGUCAGCAGUAGUAGAUAGCAUCCUGUGUCUUCCCCAACAUCAGCAGAUGGUGCUAUGUGCAUUGGCAAAUACUUUUCAUCAUUGCAAGAAAAAGGCAACAACUCUAGGAGAGCUCAACAAAUCAUACAUAGAAAUUUGCAGGUCAACCCAAGUUCCAGCAGUUGGAAUGCUUGAAUUUUCAAACAUGUGCAUGGUAUUAAGCGAUCAGGGAUUCAUGAAGCUAGGGCAAUCCAAAGAAGACAAGCUCAGGAGAGUAAUGCUUCAGAUUGACAGUUCAGAUAUCACUUUUGCAUUUAAGGGUAACCGGUUCUUUCAGAAAUGCUUGGAGCAACCAAAAUUUUAGUUGAUCACUCCAUUCAGCAAUAAUGUCUAUACACAGUUGCAUUGAGUCUUGUAUCAAAUGCCAGCAAAUCAAAAUCAAGAAUACCCAAAUCAGGAUCAACCCAUCUUAAAUUUUAACCCAGUCAUCACUCAGUAUAUCUGAUUUAUGGAGAAACUCUUUGCUGAGAAAACUGUACAUGCCGGAUGAGCUCUGAUAUUUUUUUCUUUUUACAAUUCUUCUGAAAGAUUCCUAACUGUAAUUCUGAAAUAUAUUUGACUGUAAUUCCGAAAGGUAGUUCAUGUAACUAUGUUUUCCCACCCAGUUGUCAUUUUUUUCAGGGCAGUUCACAUUGAUUCAGACGUGUAAUGCAUUGACAUAGCGAUACUUAUGUUGGUUGAGAUGAGUAUUGCAGACCUGCAUUCUUUUAUUUCGCCCAAGGUUCUGUACAAUUUCAAUUUCAUUUUUAAUCAAGUUAUCUUGAUCCUAGCUCAAAGCCCUUCUAGUUGUGCUGAGAGUAAAGCCUGCAUGUUCUGUACACGGGUUAUCAGUGCCUUUUCCUUUUAAGUUUGGGUUGGCUACUUUUAUGAAUU